AUGGCACUAAAGAAGUCUUUAUCAGCUCGGCGAGUACCCCGCAAGAUCGGUAGCGAUGGGGAGCAGGACGAUGAGGCAAUACCUGCCGACCAUUCUUCGCAAGAAUCCGCUGUAAAGAAGCCUUCCACCUCAGGGAAAGCGAAGAAGCGUUCGAGCCUUCGCAUGUCUUUCGGUCUUAGCGAAGCCGACAACGAAGUAAUAAACGAGCGUACACCAAUGUCGAUACCGAAAAGAACAAAUUUCACCCGCGUAGCUACUGAAAACAAAGCCAAACGGUCUUCCAUGUUGACUGAGCAUCUUCCUUUCCGAGCAGACCUUUCAGAAGACAAGCCUAAUUACAGCAAAGAGUACUUAGCUGAAUUGAAGCAAAGUACACCCUCUGCUCCUAAGGUCGACUUGGUAUUGUCAGAUGAGGAGACACAGGAAAUCCAAGAGCUUAAUAUCGCUGCAAAGUUCGGGUCCAUGGCAGCCUUGGAAUCGGAAAGGUCAGCCUUCAUCCCGAGUGAAGCCGAAAUACGCGAGAAGAAGGAAAGACGGCGGCGUCUUGCCCGAGAGGACAACUACAUUGUCCUAAACGGUCGCAAUGAAAUAGCUAGUGAAGAUGAAGAACUUACAGAUGACGAGUUCGCACCUCGUAGGACAAAGAAUUUUGAGAUAGCAGAAUGGAAAGACCAGCACAAAUAUGGCGAGACGCGUCUUGAACACGAAGACGAAGACCUUGCGGAAGGCUUCGACGAAUAUGUUGAAGAUGGUGGUAUCUCACUCGGACGAAAGGCGGAACGAGAAGCACAAAAGAAACGGCGAGCUGAGAUGGCAAGCAUGAUUGCAGAUGCUGAGGGCGGCUCCUCGGAUAAUUGCUCGGACGACUCAAUUUUCGAACUUAAUGAUGCAUACGAAGCUGCCCAAGCUAAAGCCGGCGCAUAUAACUCUCGUAGCGGUCUUCGAAAUCGCAAUGACGGGCGGCAAACUCCGCCAAGGAUAACGCCAUUGCCUAACCUCAAAGACGUCAUGCAAAGGCUGAGAGACAAUGUGAAGCAUGUGGAGGAGGAGAGAGCCAUGAAAUUGAGACGACUGGAAGAGCUGAGAGCUGAAAGAGCUCAGGUCAAAGACCGCGAAACCUGGAUUCAGGCACAGUUAAAGGAAACUGGAGAUAGAUACGAGAAACUGCGUGUUGAAGCAGGUAUCAGCACUGUCGCGCUUACACCCCAUGAUACUGCGAAUUCUGAAAAGCUUGCCCUUGGGCGCGGUCUAGAAAACUUAGGGGUAGGGCCGGUCACUAGUCAGAUCGAAGACAGCGAAGCUUGA